AUGAAUCAAAUCCAGCCUUCUUGUUGGAAUAGUACCUUUAACAUGCCUAACACAUCCAGCAGUGGAGAGCAUUACUAUCAAGCCAUUGGUGAAGCAGAGACCAUCAUCCUUCCUUCUCUAAUUGGGCUCAUCUGUUCAACAGGAUUAGUAGGCAAUGUCCUUGUUAUGCUCACUGUAAUAGGAUCAAGGAAGAAAACCAUUCCAGAUGUUUAUAUCUGCAAUCUGGCUGUGGCUGAUUUAGUUCAUAACAUCGGCAUGCCUUUCCUUAUCCACCAGUGGGCAUGAGGAGGAGAGUGGGUGUUUGGCAGUCUCCUCUGCACCAUCAUUACAUCAUUGGACAUGUGCAACCAGUUUGCAUGCAGUGCAAUUAUGACAGUCAUGAGUUUGGACAGGUAUUUAGCUUUUGUCCAAUCAUUUCGCCUCACCAGUUUGAGAACCAGGUCAAAGACAAUUAGAGUCAACUUAUGCCUUUGAAUAGUUUCUCUUAUUCCUGUGUCUCCUGUAUGGACAUACUCAAAAGUCAUUUUAUUCAAAGAUGGUUUGGAAAGUUGUGCUUUUGACCUUACAUCACCUGAAGAGGUACUUUGGUAAGCCUCUAAAUGUCACAUAUGUGUAUAUAUAUAUAUAUAUAUAUAUAUAUAUAUAUAUAUAUAUAUAUAUAUAUAUAUAUAUAUAUAUAUAUAUAUAUAUAUAUAUAUAUAUAUAUUUGUUCUUUGUUGCAGCUAUAAUGCAAACAUUCCAAGGCAAAGGGUAAUGAGGCUAACCAAAAAGGUGCUAGUGUUGGUCGGGGUGUUUGUCCUAAGUGCUGCUCCGUACCAUGUGAUACAGCUUGUGAAUCUUCAGAUAGCUCAGCCAACAUCAACCUUCUACAUCAGCUACUACUUCUCCAUCUGCCUGAGCUACACCAGUGGCAGCAUUAACCCUUUCCUCUACAUAAUGCUUAGUGGAAACUUUCAGAAGCGUCUACAGGAAUGCUUGCAUUUCAAGACAAAGGUGACAGAGCGUGAUGCUAACCAUAUUGAAAACACCCUGAAAUCAAGUUUUUGA